AGGGCUCUUGUUGUCAUUUGCCACCCAAGACGUGAUUCAGCCUCAACAAUUACCAUUAUCUGUUUCCCACUUUUCACGAAUUCGGACGAAUCAGUAAUGAUGAAGAGUGUUACCCUCCAUCAUUGUGAAAGUAACAGGCUAUUCUUUGCCGAGUUCACACCUACCAUUACAGGGAUUUAAGUACACGAGUCAUUGAGGUACUUAGAACCUAUAUAAGGAGGAGAGGCCUCAAAGCAGCCACCAAGUGCUGUUUAUAUAAACAGCGCGACAUCAGUGUACACAUUGUCACUUGGAUGCGCGUCUUGAGAACGCACACAUCACUUCAGCACUGCGCGACCGAGGAUAGCUCUUCAAGAUCGAGAACCAGUCCUGGAACUAACAGCAAUCCAGCGCUAGAGAUGGCGAUUUCUAACAAGUUCAGUUUCACUGUGAGAAGUAUUUUGGAUUUGCCAGAAAAUGACACCGAGAGCAUCGCGCGCCAUUCUCCAGUGGACUCUUUCUCCGUCUCACCUUACUCGUCCUGGACUGAAAACGGCAGAGAACAUAUAUACGAAAGCAACCUUGAUGCUUCACCAGACUCCAGCGGGCCAGAUGUGCCUUCAGUGGAUACAGAGCAUGAGAAGCGGAAGAAGCGUCGCGUGUUAUUCUCCAAGGCGCAGACGUAUGAACUGGAGAGACGCUUUCGUCAGCAGCGGUACCUGUCCGCUCCAGAACGAGAGCAGCUCGCGCACUUGCUACGCCUCACGCCCACGCAGGUGAAGAUCUGGUUUCAAAACCACAGAUACAAGAUGAAGAGAGCACGGACAGAGUGCGCUCAGGACCUCAGUCAGCCUCCAUUGCUGCGCAGAGUCGUGGUGCCCAUUUUGGUCCGAGAUGGCAAACCGUAUCAGAGCUGUGCUAUUGAUGCAGAAAAAGGAAGCUGCAUGGUUACACCAACAGUACCACCCUCACCCUCACCUUACAGCGUUCAGUGUUUUCAGUCUUUACAGCAACAGACGCCCUUUGCGCUUUUGCCCACAUACCAGCACUUUACCAACACAGCGGCCUCCCGUCACCACUUCUGUGUUUGGUGAGACUCACUUAGGACCACUCGAACUAUUUUCGGGACUUAUCUCACAGGACAGCGCAUGGAUUCCUCCUGAUUCAAGUUUUUUUUUAAUUACAUAAAGUGUUAGGUCUAUUAAAGUAGAAACUCUCAGCGUUGAUAAGAUAAAAAAAAUGCUGUUUGCACAUAUUAUAUGUUCUAUUUAGUCUUUGUAAGAUUUUUGUAUAUUGAUUAUUUGAUGUUGAGCAUAAUUGCCUAUAGAUCUUGUGACGUUGAACUGUUUGUAUUUCUUCUAAACCAAAAUAUGAUAUAUCAGUGAGAAAAAUGUUUUAUGUUUUAUAUUGUGAAUAUUGUAGUGUUAUAAUUUGAUGAUAUUUGCAUCAUCUCAAAGUGUUAUGUGUAUAAAGAUACUGAGAAUAAAAAAAAUACA